AUGCUUACAGACUGUGGGAUGUUAGAGUUUCCUUUUACAGGGGACAUGCUUUCAUGGGUAGUGAAGAGAGCAGGACGUGUAAAUGUUCGAUGUCGUCUAGACAGAGCAGUAGGAAAUGCUGAUUGGCAUGAGAAGUUCCCACACUCUAAUGCCAAGUACUUGAGAUUAUGGGGAUCGGACCAUCGUCCGAUUUUUGCAAACAUACUGAAAAAGCCAACGAGAAGAUCAAAGAAAUUUAAAUUUGAUAGGAGAUGGCUAGACAAUGAAGAACUGAGGCAAGUCAUUCUUGAGGGAUGGAAAUUUCCUGAUCUGCCCCCCAAUGCAACUAUAAUGGAACAUAUUUCUAGUUGUCGAAAAGCCUUGAGUGAGUGGAGGAAACAACACAAUAUCAACUCGGCAAAGCUAGUGGAGGAGUUAAAGGAGAAAGUUGAGGGUUUAUAUGCAGACGACAAUGCAACGACGGAGGAAAUUGCAGCAGCGUUGAAGGAACUCUCUGAUGCUCUUAAGGCAGAAGAAAUGUUCUGGAAACAAAAGAGUAGAGUGUUUUGGCUGAGAGAGGGAGAUAAAAAUACCAAAUUUUUUCAUGCCUUAACGAAGCAAAGGAGAGCAAGGAACAAAAUCACGCAGCUUCGGGAUGUUGAUGGUAACAUAGUUGAGGAUGAGGAAGGCCUGGUAGCCAUUGCUACUAGCUAUUUUCGGCAAAUCUUUGAAUCAUCUACACCAGAAGACAUUGAAGAGGCGCUAUCUGAAGUUCCUACGACGAUCACAGGAUCAAUGAAUGACAGCCUCACAGCUCCUGUUUCUGAAUGGGAGGUUAAAUUAGCUCUCUUUGCUAUGCAUCCAGAUAAGGCGUCGGGACCAGAUGAGAUGACUGCACUUUUUUACCAACAGUUUUGGGAUAUAGUCAAACAGGAUUUAACUCUUAUGGUGAAUAAAUUCAUGUUUGAAGGACAUAUAGCCAAUGGUCUGAAUGAUACAAACAUAUGCCUUAUCCCGAAAACAACUAAGCCUAAUGAUAUGGCUCAGUUUCGACCCAUAAGCUUGUGUAAUUUUAGCUACAAGAUCGUCUCGAAGGUCUUAUGCCAGAGACUAAAGAAAGUCUUGCCAGGAUUGAUAUCAGAAACCCAGUCGGCCUUUGUUGCUGGAAGACAGAUUUCAGAUAAUAUCAUGAUUGCUCAAGAGAUGUUUCAUGCCCUACGAACUAAACCGAGUGGACGUAAUAAGAGGAUGGCCAUCAAGACGGAUAUGAGUAAGGCAUAUGAUAGGAUGGAAUGGUCGUUUAUCGAAGUUGUGAUGCGUAAGAUGGGAUUCUCUGAGACAUGGAUCACCUGGAUUAUGAGGUGCAUUACGUCGGUCAAAUACAAAGUUCUCAUGAAUGGGCAGCCAAGAGGGAAUAUUGUUCCAGGUAGAGCGCUCGUUAGCCUUCUCAAUCAUGCAGAGAACCAAGGGAAGAUAACGGGGAUGCGUAUUACACGCGCAUGUCCUUCGAGUCAAUGGAUGGACUGGUCGAUGGCUCUCAAAAGGGGAAAGGAAGUAAUGAUCAAAUCCAUUCUACUCGCUCUUCCGACAUACGUUAUGUCGACAUUUCUGCUCCCAUUGGAGAUUUGUGAAAACCUCGCUAGUGCCAUUGCACAAUUUUGGUGGAGCUCGAAUCCGCCAAAAAGAGGAAUACACUGGGCAAAAUGGGAAAAGGUUUGUUUACCAAAAGAGGAGGGCGGUAUUGGUUUUCGUUUAGUUCAUGAGUUCAAUCUAGCACUACUGGCAAAGCAAUUAUGGAGACUGGUCCAAUACCCUGAUUCACUGGUUGCCCGAGUAUUAAGGGGGAGAUAUUAUAGGAUGACCUCUCCACUGAGAGCGAUCUCUACUAGCAGCCCAUCAUAUGUGUGGACAAGCAUCUCCGCAGCAAGGAAGCUUUUACUGCUAGGAAUCAGACAGAAGAUUCACUCUGGCUAUGAUGUCAGGGUGUGGGAGGAUCCGUGGAUUCCAACAACACCUGCUAGACCAGCUAGACCUAUAGCGCCUGUGAUGCACCAAAACAUGAGAGUCAGUGACAUCAUUAAUCAGGAAUCAAAGGAGUGGGAUGCAGGGCUACUAGAUGAUUAUGUCCAUCCUGAUGAUAUACCACUCAUUCGCAGCAUGGCCAUAAGCUCUACUCAUCGCCGAGAUACUUUCUGCUGGAACUACACGAGGAAUGGCCAAUACACAGUCAAAUCUGGAUACUGGGUUGCUCAGAACCUGUUGAAGCAAGGAGAGGAAAAGGAAAUACUAGAGCCAAGUAUCACUAAACUUCAAGCCUUUGCUUGGAAGUUACGAGCGCCAAGGAAGAUGUGCCAUCUUAUAUGGCAAUUGAUAACGGGACAGGUAGCAGUAACGAGGAAUCUAGUAAGACGUAAUAUGAGGUGCGAUAAUUAUUGCCCAAGGUGUGGGGAAAUAGAGGAAUCUGUAACUCAUGCAAUAUUUGAAUGCCCUCCAGCCCUGCAAGUAUGGUCUUUAUCGGCAACUCCUACAAGUCCAGGUUUAUUUCCAGUGGCAAGCGUUUACACAAACAUGGACUAUCUUUUCUGGAGGAAGAAUAAUAUCAUUGCACCAGACCAAGACAGGGAUCCUUAUCCCUGGCUAAUAUGGUAUAUUUGGAAGGCUCGUAAUGAUAAGCUUUUCAGGGGUAUAGACAGAGACCCUUUGGAACUCGUUCGAUACGCAGAGAGUGAAUGUCAAGCCUGGUUUAACGCGAAUGAGACGGUACCGCCACACGUCCAGGCUACCAAUAAUGUUGCAAACCAAGUCUUAAGCUUGGGUAAUAUCUGUCUACUAGAUGGAUCUUGGACAGCUUCUGACCGCUUUAGUGGAUGUGGAUGGGUCUGGAUGGAUAGUAGGGAGGACAUACAACUUAUGGGAACACGAAACUUCACUCGAUGUGAAUCAGCGCUGCAUUCGGAGGUAGAAGCGCUGCGAUGGGCGAUGGAGAACAUGCUUCAACACUCGCCGUGCCAGAGCUUUGGAACUGACUGCAUGGAGCUGAUUGCAAUGAUAAAUGAACCCCAGGAGUGGCCAAGAUUUGCGACAGAGCUGGAGAAGAUAGAGACGCUGCUGAUUUGUUUUCCCAAUUUCAAAAUCACCCAUGUUGAGUAUGACGAUCUAUAUUACCCUGUAUGGUUUCACGAUUUGGUCCAAGGUCCAGUAGCAAAGGAGAUUAUUGAAGUCGAAUUUUCGGGGUUACUGAAGCUAAAAUGGGUCCUCUUCAAAUGUGAAUGGUUCGACCCCGUUGUUAACCUAGGUGUUCCGGUUAACAAAUUUGGUGUUGUGGAUGUCAAUUCUUGGAGAAGAUACAACAAGUUCGAGACUUUCAUCCUAGCUUCUCAAGUCGAGCAAGUUAGCUUCCUUCCAUACCCUCGCCUUCGCAGUUUUGGGAUAAACUGGUUAGCUGUUAUAAAAAUUACACCUCAUGGACGAAUUGUUGCUGGAGAAGAACCACCUUUGCAAGAAGAAGACGCUAUCAAUGAAGUUGAUGUACCUGAUCAACAACUUAAUGCAAUCCUUCUGAUCGAUCCGGAAAACCAACAAUAUGAAGAUCUUCCCGAAGAUGUGACAGAUGAAGCACAUGAAGACGAAUUCGAUGGAAGCGAUGAUGAUCAUUGUACUGAUCUUGAUGAGAACGAAAACGAUUCAGAAUGA